GUGAAGCGGCCAAGAUGGCGGAGGAGGUUGGAGCGGUGCUGCCGGUGCUGCCCGAUUCGGUGCUGCUGAAGGUUCUGGAGCUGCUGCCGCUGCGGGACCGGCUGCGGGCGGCAAGGGUCUGCCGGCGGUGGCAGCGGCUGGCGCUGGACAGGACGAUCUGGAGACAUGUGGAUCUGAGCCCGCACCGGCUCACCUCCCCCAUCCUGUGGCACUUGGUGCGGUGGCGUCUCCGCGACAGCCUGCGGACGCUGCGGUUGCACGGCGCGCUCCGCUCCGGCGACAAGCGGCGACUCCUCUCCCCGGCGUUGCUGGUCGCUCUCGGGAAACGGUGUCCCCAGCUCCAGCGGCUGUGCCUGGCGGAGACGGAUCUCCGCCCCAUCCCCUACGAGAGCAUCCCCCUUUCCCUCACGACGCUGGAGCUGAGUUGCUGCGAAAUUCCCACCGCCUGGUUCUGCGGCUCCGCCGCGACGGCCCUGCCCCAGCUCCGGCACCUCGUUGUCUACAACGUCCCUGCCUUUUCCGAUCACCAUCUGCUGACCGUCUCCUCCCAGAGCCGCCUGAAGACGCUGAGCCUUUCCGGCACCUACCGCGUAACAGAUACGGGGAUUCAGAGAGCGGCUCCGCACCUGGAAGAGCUGGAGCGCCUCGUGCUGCGCCAUUGCGUCAUCGGCGACUCCGCGGUGGACUUCAUCGGGCGCCACGUGAAACACCUCCGGUUCCUGGAGAUCGGCAGCGCUUCCUCCCUGACGAACGCGGGUCUGGCUGGUGUAGCAACCCUGCAGCGCCUGGAGACGCUGGGCCUCGACCUCUGCGAUAAGAUUUCCCCCGGUGCCGUUAUUGCUUUGUGUCGAGCGCUGCCCCAGCUGAGGAACCUCAAAUUAGGCGGGGCUCGCGUAGAAGACGAAGUAAUCAAUAAAAUUCAGGCGAGUUUGCCCCACUGUAGCGUAUCGCACGCUCCUUGACGCAGGGCCCGAAGCAGUGGGGCUUUUGCCGUUCAUUUUCUACGCCACAAGUGCCUCCUUUUUGGGUAAAGCCUCAUUUUCCCGCGAGUUGCUGUACAUAUUUUUAGCACAGAAUUUUUAUUGGGUCUAAAACGGCAAAUAGGUGAUGUAAACCGGUUUGUCGGGAGCUCGUUUUUGGUAGGAUCCCCCUCUUUUCUGGGGAUGGGGGGAGUAGGAAAGCUGUGGAGCACCCAGCCCUCGGGAACCCCACCCAGAGACCGGCUGAGGUUACGAGUUUUUAACCUCUGGCUGCUCCUCUUCCCCCCGACGCUGAACGUCAGGCAGCAGCUUAAUGAGCGCAGAAUUCAAGGAGCAAAGCGAAGUGCCCUCCUGCCACUGAAAAAAACCCCAAACAGCUGGCGGCCCAAACCCCAGACUUCCAGUUAAUGUCUAACUCCGAUUGCUUAACCGCCCUGCACGUACGCUCCAGGCUCCGCCGGGGCAGAAAACACCUCAGUGACGCGUGCCAGAACUGCUGUUUGCUUGGCAAAACUCAAGCGAUCCGCCCAGACAGCGAACAUUUUCAGUCCGGGAUGUCGUCUUGCUUCUACUUCCCUUCAAAUUCGGUUCAAGUUGCUCCUCGGGCAAGUUUUGGUGGCCGGGCUUCCUGACCAGCUGGUCCAAAAAGCCGGAGGUCCAAUUUGCGCAGCCAACGGGCCGGCACGUGCGAACGGGCAUCGCCAGGGGCUGCUGUUACCUCCGGGUUCGCAGCCGCGUUUCCUCCUCACCUUUUAUUGUCCGCGUCCUCCUCCCUGUAACGCCAGGUGACCCCCGCCGAGCGUUGCGACGUUGCUUUUCUUAGGUCGUCGCGUCAGCCAGGAUGUUUUCAAAUAAAAUAUUGUAUUUAUUGAAUAAAAACGCUUUUGCUUUCUGUUCUCUCAGGCCGCAGUGUUUUAACGGAACUCGUGUGUUUAAAAUAAAGAAGUUGGGCAGU